AUGAUAAAGACGAAAAAACUAGCAUUUUUAUGUGGUUUUAUGUUGUUAGUCAUGUAUUACUCUAAGUUUAAUAGUGAUGUUAUUUUAUUGGAGACAAUUGUUGAGACGGAUAGAAUACUGACAAAAGCAAAGAAAAACACCAACAUGAAGUAUAUUCUACAAUGGACGAAGUCCUACGCGGAGCCAUUCGUUUUCAUGGGAAAAGGACAAAACGGAUUUGUAAGUCGACGAUGCAAAUUUGCUAACUGCUACGUAACUUCCAAUAGGACCUAUCUAAAUAGCUUGAAAGAUUUCGAUGCUGUUUUAUUUCAUGGUCCUGAACUCAGUACUGCCGAAAACUCAGUACUCUUGCGUCUGCCGACUCGGAGGUCUCGAAAACAAAAGUAUGUUUUUGUUAGUAAGGAGUCAUCUCGCAUGUAUCCUUUACGCUAUACGGUCUACAAUAGCUUCUUUAACUGGACGUGGACAUACAGAUUGGAUUCUGAUAUAUAUUACGGUGAUAUUGUAAUCAAAAACAAGCGAGGUGAUGUUAUUGGACCUAAAGAAGUUAUGCAUUGGCUUAGGGUGGAAGAAAUGGAACCUAUCAAAGAUGAACUUAAAGAGAAGUUGAAAAACAAAAAAAUUGCUGCCGCAUGGUUUGUAUCAAACUGUAAAACUAUGAGUAAUCGAGGUUAUGUAGCAGAAUUAUUGCAGAAGGAAUUACUUAAAUACAAUAUGACCGUUGACAUAUACGGUCGUUGUGGAAAUAAAUAUUGUUCUAGAACUCAUAUGGAGCAGUGUCUGCGAAUGUUGGAGAAUGAUUACUAUUUUUAUUUGGCUUUCGAGAAUACCGUUGUGAAUGACUAUGUGACGGAGAAAUUAUUGCACGCGUUGCAGCACUACACUGUACCAAUAGUUUAUGGGGGCGCGAACUACACAAGGUUCAUGCCAGAGGGUUCUCACUUGAACGUUUUAAAUCAAACUAUAGAAGUUCUAGUCAAGAGAAUGGCUGACAUGAUAAACGACAAAGAACAGUACUACGAGUAUUUUAAAUGGAGGAAUCACUAUUCUUAUCAUGAUGGAGAAGAGUCCCCUGCUACUGAUUACUACUGCGAUUUUUGUAAAAAGCUCAAUGAUUUUAAUUUAAUGAACAGAACCAGCUAUAUUGAAAACUUUAAAGGAUGGUGGAACACGAAGCUUGAAAGUAACUGA